CCUCAGGCAGUUAAAUUUUUGGCUACUUCAGCUGGAAUAAGAUUAGACCAGUCUAAAUAUCGAGUUAAAUAUUCUCAAGAUCUUAUUCAUGGACCUUUAUUACAAGAUAAUAAUUUAGAAAAUGCUGAAAAUAAUGAUGAUUCAAGUUCUAUGAGUAAUGAUGAUGACAUUCUAACUGCUAGAAAUAAGCACUACUUAAAAUAUGCCUAUCAACAAUUUAAACAACAG